AUGCCGUUGUCAGGACUGACACCCUCUGGCGAGUUCAAAUCAAAAUUUUCCGCCUCUCCUCGUUAUUCCCGGAAUAGUACCCCUGGCAAACCCAUCGACAUGGACACUUCCCACAACGGGUUCGCCUUCUCCCCUUGCAACCACCAGCCCCAGCCCUACCUCUUCGAAGCCCUCUCCUCCCCACUUCCCCAUGGUGGGAUGGCGAUGACGGAAGAGGAUCGGCGAGGGACGGCGGAGCUGGCGGCGCUGGCAACUGUGGGGCUCAAGCUGGAGGAAUUCCUCGGCGGGUGCGGCAUGAUCUAUGACUCUGAACUGAAGAAUGUUGCCUCCAGGUUUCCGCGGGGACCACCCGGGGCGGGGGAACAGAAGGACAGGGAGGCGAUGACGGCGGUAUCACGGAAUGCCGUCGACACCUUCGGCCAGAGGACGUCCAUCUACCGCGGCGUCACCAGGCAUCGAUGGACGGGGAGGUACGAGGCGCACCUAUGGGACAACAGCUACCGCCGGGAAGGGAAGAGACGGAAGGGGAGGCAAGUCUAUCUAGGUGGAUACGAUAAAGACGAGAAGGCGGCUAGGGCAUACGAUCUUGCAGCGCUCAAAUACUGGGGUCCGAGUCCCACCACCACCACCAAUUUCCCGAUCUCCGACUACGAGAAGGAGCUGGAGGAGAUGAAGAACAUGACACGACAGGGGUUCGUCGCAUCGCUCAGAAGGAAGAGCAGUGGGUUCUCCAGAGGCGCCUCAAUCUAUAGAGGAGUCACCAGACACCAUCAACAUGGCCGGUGGCAAGCAAGAAUUGGAAGGGCAGCAGGCAACAAAGAUCUUUAUCUUGGAACCUUCAGCACACAGGAGGAGGCGGCGGAGGCCUAUGACGUUGCAGCCAUUAAGUUCCGGGGGCUCAAUGCAAUGACCAACUUUGACAUCAGCUGCUACGAUGUCAAGAGGAUUGCCAACGGCAACCUCCCCAUAGGCAGGAUGAUGGACCGGGCCUUCAAGGCCUCAGAAUCUUGGUCAUCAUCCUCAUCUGGCGCCAUGAUUGUCGAAGCCAAGCGGCAGGUGGACUGCUGGGAUCCCUGGGCCUCAGUUGGUUUUGGUGGGCUCCCCAUUAAGGAUGAUCAGGAGUUCUGGUCCUUAUUUGCACUCCAACAGCAACAGCAACAACAACAAAGUAAUCAAGCCACAGGCUUUGGUCUCUUCUCCUCUGGUGCUGCUAUUGACUUCUCUACAACUUCUAAUGGUGUCAUUAGCCAAGGGAGUGGGGGGAGUCUUGCAUGGAAAAAUGGUGUUUUAGAACAGCAGCAGGAGCAAGCACAGAGCGGUGCUAGUUGCUAUUCUAUCCCUUAUGCCACCCCCAUUGUCUUUGGAGGGAAUUACGAGGGCUCCAGCUAUGUGGGGAGCUUGGUCACAUCACCCCCCUCUAACUACCACCAAGCUACCCAGUCCAGUGUGGCAGUCUUUCAGACACCCAUGUUUGGGAUGGAAUGAUAUGGAUGGAUGCAGAGCUGAGAGGACAUCACUUUUAAUGCAGAGAGAGAGAGAGAGAGUCAAAAGUGUGUGAGAUGGAGACUAUGGGAGUUGAUGGGAACUGAACACACUCCCAAACAUAAAGAAGGGAAGGGGAAUAGAGGGAGGACUGACAGAAGACCAACAAGAGGUCCAAAGUUUUGCUCAUGGUCGAUUCCAGCUUCUUUUGCUUUUUGGUUGUUCUUUUACUGGCAGGAAUCUAUAUCUAUCAUCAUCAUCAUCAGUUUAAACGGAACAAGAAUUCUUUUGUAGCUUUUCUCUUUUUCCCUUUUCUUUUAUUUCCAACUUCAUGCUAUUAGCUUGCAACACCAGUAGGUAGGAAAAGAACCCAUAUGAUAUUUCAGAACACAUUCUAUGUUUAAUUUCCAGAAGAAUAUUAGGUCGAGCGUGCAGUGAAUAGGACUUACAUAGAAGAGAGAGGGCAAGAAAUGAUGCAAUGAAUCCCACCAGAUAAUCAAGGGUUGGUUUAAAUAAAAAGCCAAUGACAG